AUGUCUGAGAUGUCAAGCUCCGAACUGUCUUCGGACGGAUACUCGUCCGUGCCGUCCAUAGCCCACCACAUGGACUCGGACGACGACGUAUACAACCCCAAGCCCCAGAUUUGUCACUGGGUGGGCUGUGAGACCCAGGUAGCCAAUCUGGACGCUCUGGUCGAUCAUCUAAACGAGGUGCAUUUUGGAGCCCGCAAGAGCAAGUACCAAUGUGAUUGGGCUGGCUGCUCGCGACAGGGUAUGGUCCAGCCGUCGCGAUUCGCGCUGGUAUCACACAUGCGAAGUCACACUGGAGAGAAGCCCUUCUACUGCUCUGUUCCCGAAUGCGACAGAAAUUUCACCCGAAGUGACGCUCUGGCCAAACACAUGCGAACCGUGCACGAAACCGAGCAAUUGCGACCAAGCGACCCGCAAUUCAAGACCCAUCACAGUGGAGUAAUUGGCAAUGUGGAUGCGGUGGUGGAGCAUUUGGAGCCUAGAAGUCUGCACACUCUUGCCACGACUCUGGAGAAUGAAACCCGGACCAUGGGACGAACCAACGAGGUGCAGAAGAUCACGGACAUCGUCAAGGACACCAUACCAGUGCUCAGAAUCAUGGAGUACCCGGAAGAUGGGGACUUACAGACGAUGCCCUCAGAGACCCUGAAAACACUGUACCAGGACCUCAAACGCAAGGAGGCGUGGGCGCUGCAGCUGCAAAAUGACCUGCAGAAGGAGCUCAAGAUCGGAAAUAGAAAGAGACGGCGACUGUGGCUGGAAAAGGAGGGCUUGCUGGACAAAAUCAUGAACUUUGCACCCGAAGGAGCCGUGCGAGAGGCGAUGAUUUCUUCCUCGGUGAAGAACGAACCUCUAGAAGCAUCACUUGAGCUAAGCUCAUCGAAAGAAAACAAGGAUCCGCCAGCACCGGUGCCUGUGCUUGAGCCCAACUACUCUUCUUCCCAGAGCCAUGUCAAUGGAAACGGCGUUUCUGGAGAAACCACCAAAACUGAAGCUGCUGAUCCAGCUCAGAGUUAG